CGGGAGGAGGGGCAGAGCGGAGCUGUGGGCUGGGGGCUGGAGGACAGGUUUGUUCGCUGGACGCAAGCACCAGGCGCAGCCUCGCUCGCCGAGACCCGGCCAGGUAAGGCCGGUGGCCGCGCGAACGUGUUACGAGUCAGUUUUUAGUGAAAAAACAUUGAGCUAGGAGCCAAGACCCAUCUCUUCACUAUUUUGGUAUUGUGCAAGUCAUCUUAUCUCUCUGGAUCUCAGUUGUCUCAUCUGUAAAAAGGAGAUAAAAAUUAUUUACCUGCCUGAACAUUUCUCCUUAAAAAUAUCAGUCUUGGCCGGGCACGGUGGCUCAGGCCUAUAAUCCCAGCACUUUGGGAGGCUGAGGCGGGCAGAUCACCUGAGGUCAGGAGUUCAAGACCAGCCUGGCCAACAUGAUGAGGUGGAGGAACAUCCUGCUACAGUAUUGCUUUCUCUUGAUUACAUGUUUACUUACCGCUCUUGAAGCUGUGCCUAUAGACAUAGACAAGACAAAAGUACAAAAUAUUCACCCUGUGGAAAGUGCAAAGAUAGAACCACCAGAUACUGGACUUUAUUAUGAUGAAUAUCUCAAGCAAGUGAUUGAUGUGCUGGAAACAGAUAAACACUUCAGAGAAAAGCUCCAGAAAGCAGACAUAGAGGAAAUAAAGAGUGGGAGGCUAAGCAAAGAACUGGAUUUAGUAAGUCACCAUGUGAGGACAAAACUUGAUGAACUGAAAAGGCAAGAAGUAGGAAGGUUAAGAAUGUUAAUUAAAGCUAAGUUGGAUUCCCUUCAAGAUAUAGGCAUGGACCACCAAGCUCUUCUAAAACAAUUUGAUCACCUAAACCACCUGAAUCCUGACAAGUUUGAAUCCACAGAUUUAGAUAUGCUAAUCAAAGCGGCAACAAGUGAUCUGGAACACUAUGACAAGACUCGACAUGAAGAAUUUAAAAAAUAUGAAAUGAUGAAGGAACAUGAAAGGAGAGAAUAUUUAAAAACAUUGAAUGAAGAAAAGAGAAAAGAAGAAGAGUCUAAAUUUGAAGAAAUGAAGAAAAAGCAUGAAAAUCACCCUAAAGUUAAUCACCCAGGAAGCAAAGAUCAACUAAAAGAGGUAUGGGAAGAGACUGAUGGAUUGGAUCCUAAUGACUUUGACCCCAAGACAUUUUUCAAGUUACAUGAUGUUAAUAGUGAUGGAUUCCUGGAUGAACAAGAAUUAGAAGCCCUAUUUACUAAAGAGUUGGAGAAAGUAUAUGACCCUAAAAAUGAAGAGGAUGAUAUGGUAGAAAUGGAAGAAGAAAGGCUUAGAAUGAGGGAACAUGUAAUGAAUGAGGUUGAUACUAACAAAGACAGAUUGGUGACUCUGGAGGAGUUUUUGAAAGCCACAGAAAAAAAAGAAUUCUUGGAGCCAGAUAGCUGGGAGACAUUAGAUCAGCAACAGUUCUUCACAGAGGAAGAACUAAAAGAAUAUGAAAAUAUUAUUGCUUUACAAGAAAAUGAACUUAAGAAGAAGGCAGAUGAGCUUCAGAAACAAAAAGAAGAGCUACAACGUCAGCAUGAUCAACUGGAGGCUCAGAAGCUGGAAUAUCAUCAGGUCAUACAGCAGAUGGAACAAAAAAAAUUACAACAAGGAAUUCCUCCAUCAGGGCCAGCUGGAGAAUUGAAGUUUGAGCCACGUGUGUAAUUUUGUUUGAUUAUUUAGGAAAAUAAAUUAUUGUAUCCGUUGAAGUCCACAUUUAUUACAAAUAUAAUUUCAAAUCAUUAAGAUGGUAUGUUAUUUUUUGUGUAUUUUUUGUGGUAUUAGAGCAAUUUAGAUUAUAGAAAAAUGAAAAUACCUCCAAAAGUUUUAUGUAGCAGCAAAUUUUAAGUGCUGUAUCAUUUGUAUAAUUUAAUAACCAUAUUUAUGGUAAAAUGAUUUAUUUCAACAUUAUUUGUAAUUCCUUCUAAUUAUAUUAAUCUUACCAGAGAAUAUGUUUUUAAAAAUUGUAAUCUAUGAUUAGCUAAGCAUAUUUUUUAAAACAAGUAUAUUUGUAUAUGAAGGAACAUUUAGAAUAAAGGAAGAUACUUUUAAAA